AUGAAGGUCAGAAAGAAGCAGUCGAAGAGAACCUCUACGAGGAUGAGAGAAGGUAUCAAGAAAAAGGCCGCUGCUCAACACCGCAAGGAGAGAAAACAUGCAAAGAAAGAUGUUACGUGGAAAUCUAACAAGAAGAAGGAUCCUGGUAUUCCAGCCAAUUUCCCUUACAAAAAUAAGAUCUUAGAGGCGAUAGAGGCUCGCAGGCAACAAGAGCUGGAGGAGAAAGAUACCAAAAGGCAGAUGAAACUCGAAGCCAGAAGACUUGCCGCUGAAAAUGGCGAUGAGAUGAUGGACGAUGACAUGGAAGGCGACAGUGACAGCGAAGGCGGCAAUGGUUUGGCUGCACUUGUCGAGUCUGCUCAGCAGGCCGCCGCUGAUUACCAUGCCUCUGGGAACAAGGCAAUGGAACCUGAGGAAGCACAGGAAGUGGUGGAAUACGACAUCGAUUUCUUCGCAGACAGUGAGAACGGUGAGGACGGCGAAGCGGCCACCGAACUUGACAAAUCUCGGAAGGCUUACGACAAGAUUUUCAAGAGCGUGGUGGAUGCAUCCGACGUUAUACUUUAUGUUUUAGACGCUCGUGACCCAGAAGGUACUCGUUCUAGAAAGGUUGAGGAAGCUGUACUACAGAGUCAGGGCAAGAGAUUGAUUUUCAUUCUAAACAAAGUAGAUUUGAUCCCUCCUUUUGUCCUAGAGCAGUGGAUGACAUUUUUGAAAUCAAGUUUCCCAACGAUCCCCUUGAGAGCAGCACCUGGUGCUACCAACGCUUCUUCUUUCAACAAGAAAUUGACCCAGAGCGGCACAGCUAGUGCUCUCUUGGAGUGUUUGAAGACCUACGCAAAUAACUCCAAUUUUAAAAGAUCCAUUGUUGUGGGUGUUAUCGGCUACCCAAAUGUUGGAAAAUCCUCCGUUAUCAACGCUUUAACUUCGCGCAGAGGAGGUUUCAGCAAGGCCUGUCCUGUUGGGAACCAGGCUGGUGUUACAACUUCGCUACGUGAAGUUAAAGUCGAUAACAAGUUGAAAAUCCUCGACUCUCCAGGUAUCUGUUUCCCCGGUGAAAAUGCCAAGAAAAGCAAAAAGGAGCAAGAAGCUGAAUUGGCUCUGCUCAGUGCCUUACCUCCCAAAUAUAUUGUGGACCCAUAUCCAGCAAUUUUGAUGAUGAUUAAGAGACUAUCGAAAUCUGAGGAAAUGACCCAAGCUUUUAAGCAACUUUACGAGCUUCCACCAAUUCCUGCACAUGAUGCAGACGCCUUCACAAAGCAAUUUCUCAUUCAUGUAGCUCGCAAAAGAGGAAGAAUUGGUAAAGGUGGAAUUCCAAACCUGAAUAGCGCUGGUUUAUCUGUGCUGAAUGAUUGGAGGGAUGGAAAGAUUUUGGCGUGGGUCUUGCCCAAUUCUUCGAAGGAUUCAUCCAAGGUGACUAAAAGCACAACAUCGGUAAGUGGCCCUGGCUCAAAGCGUUCCUCUCAAAAGGUUGAACAAACCGAUAUCGUCGGCGAAUGGUCAAAGGAAUUUGAUCUCGAUGGGCUUUUCGCAUCUUUGGACAACACCAUUGCAAAUGGGGACCAAGACAUGAAAUGA